UUUACUGACUCGCUAUGAUAUCACACCAGAAUACUCCCCAUCUUCUGUCACAGCAUAUUCAUGUUAAGGUCACACUUUAUUACCCUGCAACAAGAUAUUCACUGAUAAAUAAACUGCGUGUGUAGAAGCACGAACGGGUUAACGACAUACCGGAAGUGGGACACCAGUUGACUAUUUCGGAAAACUACAGGCGUUUUUAAAGUUAUUCGUCGGACACGACAAGAUGGGAACAACGGCGAGUCAACUUGGGAAAGAUUUGCUCUCAGAAUAUCAAGAGCUGACAUUUUUAACAAAACAAGAAAUUCUUCUGGCGCAUAAACGCUUCACUGAGCUGCUCAAGAAAGAAGAGCAAGAUGUUCCAAACGCUAGAGUGCCCAUGGAGAAGAUUCUCACCCUUCCAGAACUAAAGUCCAACCCUUUCGGAACGAGAAUCUGCCAUGUCUUCUCCACAUCAGAACUGAAAGAUGGAAGCCUUUCCUUUGAGGAUUUUUUAGAUCUUUUGAGUGCCUUUAGCGACUCUGCUACACUGGAAAUUAAGUCUCAUUACGCAUUCCGUAUAUUUGAUUUUGAUGAUGACGGAACUCUUGAUUGUGGGGAUCUGGAAAAACUGGUUAACUGCUUGACGGGAGAGACGGAUGACACAAGAUUAACCUCGGAGGAGAUGAGGCAGCUCAUCACCAAUAUUCUUGACGAGUCCGACAUCGACAAGGAUGGAACCGUGAACCUUUCAGAGUUUCAGCAUGUUAUUUCCAGGUCCCCGGAUUUUGUCAGUUCCUUCAAAAUUGUGCUGUGAAGACCUUCAGUCGACAACUGAAAAGGAUCAUCCACUUAUUCCAUUGUUUAAUUAGUCAUAUAAACCUGAUAUUUGCCUUAAAUUAUAUAUGUAUUUUAUUGACUUCUCUGCUGUUAAAUGUUAAUCACCAGGCCAGUGAUUUUUGAAAAAACUGUUCUUUAUAUUUCCAUAAAAAAGUUGAACAAAA